UUGUUAUCCCUGUACAUUUAACUAUCCCAUCCCACUCUCAAGGUCUAGUCUACGUACCCCGCAUCCGGAGCGCACAGAACCCCCAGCCUGCGGAGCCCCGACGGAGACGAUGCCGGGGACCUACCCGCCGCCGCCGAGGCCGGUGAUGCUCGCCGACCUCAACUUCGAGCCGACGGAGAGCGACGGCGAGGAUCGCCCACCAACCCCCAAACCCAACCCCACCGCCGCCGACUCCACCAGGAGUGGCACUGAGGAGGGCGGUUUGGCAAAAAAUGUGAUUGCAACAAAGGACGCUGAUACUGUUGAAUGCGAAGAUGCAGAUCAGCAUUGUCAAGGGGCUUCUGCUCCACGUGAGGAGAAAGUUAGCAACCUGAAAGCUGCUUUGGUUCAUGUGGCUCGGAAGAUGCCUAAGAAUGCUCAUGCACAUUUUAUGUUGGGUUUGAUGUAUCAAAGGCUUGGUCAGCCACAAAAGGCAAUAUCAGCGUAUGAAAAGUCGUCUGAAAUAUUGUUACAUGAUGAAGAAGAAGUGCGGAGGCCUGAUUUACUCUCAUCAGUGAGGAUACAUCAUGCACAGUGCAUUUUGCAAACAAGCAUGGGCGAUAGUUUUGAUGAAGAGCUUGGAACUGGUGAGCUGGAUGAAAUACUUGCUAAGAUGAAGAGUUCAGUUGAAUCGGAUCCCAGGCAGGCAGCUGUUUGGAAUAUCCUCGGUUUAGUUCUUCUACGGGGUGGCCAACUUCAGAGUGCUAUCUCAGUUCUAUCUUCUCUUACGGCUGUUGCUCCAGACUACUUGGACUCCCUUGCGAAUCUUGGUGUUGCGUAUAUUCAAAGUGGGGAUCUAGAGCUGUCUGCAAAAUGCUUUCAAGAGCUUCUUCUAAAGGAUCAAAACCACCCAGCGGCUCUGUUGAACUAUGCAGCUCUCCUCCUUUGUAAAUAUGGAUCUUUGGCUGCAGGGGCAGGGGGCAACAUCAGCGCAGGGCCUUAUCUACAUCAGAGAGAAGCCUUAGCUGUUGCAAAAGAGUGCUUACUUGCAGCAGCGAAGGCUGAUCCUAAAGCUGCAUCAGUGUGGGUUAAUCUUGCAAAUGCAUAUUACAUGGCUGGUGAACAUAGAAAUUCAAAAAGGUGUUUGGAGCAGGCAGCAAAAUUGGAACCCAAUCAUAUGCCUGCUCGGUAUGCUAUUGCAGUUCACCGUAUCAGAGAUGCUAUAAGGUCACAGUGUUGUGAUGACCAACUUCACUGGGCUGCAAAUGAAAUGGCAACAGUUCUAAAAGAAGGAGACCCUUCAGCAGUUGAUGCCCCAAUUGCAUGGGCAGGGUUGGCAAUGGCUCACAGGGCACAACAUGAAAUUGCAGCUGCUUAUGAUGCGGAACAUAUCAAUCUUAAUGAUGCAGAAGAGAGAGCUCUUUAUACACUAAAACAGGCAAUCCAAGAGGACCCAGAUGACGCUGUUCAAUGGCAUCAACUUGGCUUGUAUAAUAUUUGCAUGACUCGGUUCAGCAGAUCUGUCAAUUUUCUUAAAGCUGCGUUAGCUCGUUCCCCAGAUUGCAGCUAUGCUUGGUCAAAUCUUGGUAUUGCAUUGCAACUAUCAGACGACUCGUCUUCUGAAACUGUAUAUAAGCGGGCACUGGUACUAUCUUCAAGCCAGCAGUUGCAUGCAAUCUUCUCUAAUCUUGGAAUUCUUUACCGGCAGCAUAGGAACUAUGAAUUUGCAAGAAAGAUGUUACUGAGGUCGUUGGAACUGUGUCCUGGAUAUGCACCUGCCAACAACAACCUGGGGCUUGUAUUUGUCGCGGAGGGCCGUUGGGAGGAUGCUAUAAUCUGUUUUGAGAAAGCCCUGCAAUCUGAUCCCCUGCUUGAUGCGGCCAAAUCGAACUUGGCAAAAGUCCUUGCAUUGUCAAAGAAACAGUAGAACAAGAGAAGACGAAAGAUGAUCGUCCACUGGAGCUUCAGACAUGGAAGCGCUGUCACCAAAUCUCUGAUCUGGAGUGUCUCAAUGGCCGGGUCAGAUAUGAUAUGGUGGCUCAUGAUUUCUCACAACAGUAGAAGUUUUUCAGAAGUGCAGCUUCCUAUGGUUGCCCUGGAAUGUGACAGAGAUGCUGCCCUUGGCGUGCCGAGUCGGGAGGUGCACAGGCUCAGCAGUUGAUGUGAUAUUUUCUUAAUGGUGCGUCACUCCAGGAAGGGCCCAUUUUUUUAAGUAUAUGUGCAGUAAAAAAAAAAAAAUCGUUGUAACAAGCAUGUGCGUAAACAGGGUCCCCACUGCUGCUGUAUAUACGCCUGAAGUUGCCAUGCGUGCUGAAGAUCCAGUGUUACCUGGAGGGUGAAUUUGACGACCAUUGCCAUUC